AUGCCAGCAGGACCGAACAGAGAAGAUGAGGAGCAAUCGAUGGCCACGAAGUCCGGGUCUACCAGCCGGAAGGUACAGAAGCGGCCGUCACUCACGCAGCUGAAUGGGCGGCGAGCAGAGGAGGACAUGGUGCGGGCGACGAGCUUGAACGCGUACUCGUUGAAGCCGACCACGGUGCCCCCGUUUGCGUUGGACGCGCAGUUCAAGCGGCUGCGAGUGCGGGAUUCGCUCGGCGUGUCUGGGGAUAUGCUCGCGAAUGGCGGGCAGCGCUUCAAGGACCCGUUUUUGGUCUCGUACGACUCGCAGUGGAGCGAGUUCGUAAACGUAAUUGACGCGGAGGGCGGGCACGGCAAGCGGCACAAGGCAUCGCACGGGACGCACUCGCACAGCACGUUGAGCAGCACGUCGGACAGCAGCGGGCUCUCACCGCUGAAGAACGAGAAGUUGCGCGCGAUCACGGAGCACUCGCCGACGCGACGGGGGUCCAGCCAGAGCGUCCUCACGGACUUGGAGAGCAACUGGGGCGGCGAAGAGCGGCUCAACGCUAUCUUCGAGGCGCCCAUCCUCCACGACUAUGAGUUCAAGGACCAGAAGGACCGCAACGAGUGGACCAAGUACAUCAGCCAGCUCAAGCACUUUUACUACGGCAGCAUUUUUAAAAGCGGCGGCAGCUCGCGAGGGGGCAGCAACUCUGAGUCCGACGACGACGAUGAGGUGGGGCGCAUACAGGCCUUUGUCGAGCGGCACAAGCUCGAAUUCCGCCGGAAAAAGCUGUACUGGCUACAGUUCGAGCAGCGGAAAAAGCAGCAGUGGGGGCCGCAGAUGCGCCGCCUCCUCAUCGACAGCCAGUACUUGCCGCUCUCGUUCCGCCUCAUCAUUAUCAUGUUGACCUGCGUCGCCUUGGGCCUCGCGGUCCGCAUCUUCCAAAACUCGCACAAUCGCAUUGAGGACACCUCUCCACUCACCGUUCCGCAGCAGCCCAGCACCAUCAUGGCCAUUGUCGUGAACACCGUCGCCAUCGUAUAUUUGGCGUACAUCGCGUACGAUGAGUUUGCGGGCAAGCCCCUCGGGUUGCGAAAUCCGCUCGGCAAAAUGCGCUUGAUCCUCUUGGAUCUCCUCUUUAUCAUCUUUUCCAGCGCCAACCUCUCCCUAGCCUUCAACACCCUUUACGAUAAGACGUGGGUCUGCACAGGGCUCGAGGACUCCCCUAACAGGAUCCCGAAAAUAGACUACAUCUGCCGCAAGCAGCGCGCCCUAUCUGCAUUUCUCUUCUUGGUGGUUGUCAUGUGGGUCAUCACGUUCACCAUUAGCAUUCUAAGGGUAGUGGAACGGGUGAGUUCACUUUCACCCAGAUAA